AUAUUAACCCAGAAUAUAAUGUCGACCGGUGGCCAAAACGAGAAAGACUCAAGCAUAUCAAGUUUAGAGAGAAGACCAAGGCAGUUUCAGAGGAUGUAUUCCCUACACGUAACCGUUGAAAAAACUUCUAAAAGCAAACUACUUACCUUUUUUACAAUGGUAAGUAUUCUUUACGGAACAAUCAUUUUGGCCCUUGGCAUAACAUUUCCGAUGAUAGAAGUUACGACAGGAGAAUGGGGUAAAAAGACGGAAAAUGGCAUUUUUAUGGUUUAUUUAUAUGUGGUCGCUACCAUAUUUCUCUUUUGUUGUCAUUUUUUCAUGAUGGAUAAAAAUCAACCUAUGCCAGAAGCUCAGCAACAAACUGAUACUGGUAAUUUUGUAUGGAAUACGACGUUUUUAAGACAACAAGGUCGGAGUCCUAUCCCAUUAAUUACGCAACAACAUAUUGAACACCAAAUGCAAAAACGAAAGAAAAAAUCUGGGACAAAUUUUUAUUUACGUCUUGGAGCUUUAGCUUUUUGUGCUGGACACGUGACUUAUACUGCUUUAGAAAUUGAGUAUAAAUUUUUACAAGUUAAGGAUAAUUGCGAAGAUAGCGUUGGAACAAUAUGGACCUAUUUCUUUAGAAUAUUCUUUCUCAUUCUUCAAACCUUUUUCAUUUUUAAACAUUCAAAGCCCUGCGUUCAGAAUAAAAAGUUAACUGUCGCAAUAAUGGGGUUUAGUCACGUGAUUGUCACUAAUGUUUGUAUUUGGCUAAGGACGCUUAUCAACGAAAUCCGACUUAAUAUCAAUCAUCUUGAUGACCACUCAAAAACACAUCAUUCAGUAAAAAACGAAACUUCUACUAUUGAAAAUAUUCAGGAUGAUUUACCAAAUACCUCCAAAGUUUGUAUAGAAACGGAUUGGAAGAAGGAAUACGUUAAUGAAAUAGUGCCCAUACUAUUUCCUUUCGUAUUGGAAUACAGUCUUAUUGCGAUGGCUACGUUCGUCGUUAUGUACUUGAAAGUAGCCGAAGUUCUACCGGAUUACAAUAAUAGCGAGGAUGAAGAUUCGUCUAAUAGCGAAUCCAGCGAUAGCGAGGACGAUAUAGAAGAUAAUAAAUCGCUAGCAGCACUUGACAAUGCCGCAGCAUUGCAACAUAUGUCUAGCCUUCAAAAUAACAACAAUCAUCACCAUCAUCACCACCACCAUCAUCAUCACCAUCAUCUAAGGAAAAGUUUACUAGAUAAAUCCCACACUGGCCUAUUCUUUGGUAUUUUAUUUGUAACGAUGAUGAUCAUUUCAAUUAUUUUCUUUCACCAUUAUACUAAAAGAGGCGAAGGUAUGAAUGAAUUCAUAAAAACAUAUUUAAAAUUCUCUCUAUCAAUAGCAGUAGGAAUAGGGGUAAAUCAAACGACAAAAAUUUAUAAAUAGUAUAAACGAGGGUGCCAUCUGGAGUAUAUAACAAAAUGCUUCUAUUACAUUGUACGUUUAAUUUACAGUAUUUAAGAACGCUAUUGGUUAAAGUAAAUUUUUAUGAUUUCAUUCAAUUCGAUGUGUAGCUGAAAUUGCUAUUAAGAUUUAUUAUUCAAGCUGUAUUGUUGGGUACAUCAUAUUAUUCAUUGCAAGCCUGGUUGCACUAAUUCAACAAUCAAAACUGGAACACAAGGCCGAGGGUCCGAAUGUUGAUGAUGUUCUUUUAUUAAUAAGCCUUAUUGGUUCCUUAGUUUUAGAAUCUUUACUUGCUUAUGCAAAUGUUAUAUAUCUUAAAGAGAGGGAUAGUGGUGAUAUUCUAGCAAUUCUUGCUACUAUUACUGCUAUAAUCUCGAUUGGUCAAAGUCUUUUCCAAAGUGUCACAAUUCUUCUUGGACUCAGGGUUAAAUGCAUAGAAAGGGAAGAUAGAGAACGAAAACCCGGACGAGGUGCAGUAACUUUUCUCCUCUUGGGUAACGUAGCAGUUUGGGCAGCUAGAAGCUUUACUGCAAAAUCUUUAAAUCUCCGUAGAGUCGACGAUAUAAUUGGUGGAGUUACUUGGACAAUGAUUGUUAACGUAACAUUACCGCUAUUGCUCUUUUUCCGUUUUCAUUGCUCUGUAUGUUAUGCUGAAAUAUGGCACCACGUUUACAGACAUCAUCCGUUUCUUGAGCAGAGAAAUGUACCAACUAGAGAACAUCAAACGACUAUAUCAUCGGAACCAGAUAUUCAACAGAGUACAUUGUAGAAAGAAAAUAGAAACAGUUACUUUUAUAACAUAUACAAAUUAAUAUUAGCAACAGUAAAAUAACUUUUCUCUUGUAUCUUUCGUAGAGUGAAACCUUCUUUUUUUAUAUAUUUCUUUUAUUCCAAUAUCUACUUCUUAUUAUUUACUCGUAUAUUGCUUUAUUAACGUGCCAUUUAGAUAUAAAGACAAUCAACUACUUUUUUAUAAUGUCUCUCAAAUGAAUGUUCUUUAUUUCUUAAUACCUUUCUCUUUGAAUAUUGAAGCUAAUUAAGAAAAGAUGGAGAGUGAGUGUAAGAGAGAGAGAGAGAGAGGGGGAAGGGAGGAAGGAAGAAGCAAGGACGUUACAGUAUAAUUAGUUUUAUAAAAGAAAAUACACUAAUAAACAAACAUAUAGAAAAAGACAUAGUGUACAUAAACAUAUUAAUAAGUUUGAACAGUAUAUAUACAUAUAAAGGAUUAAAUAUAUUAUUAAAAGAGUUAAACUUUUAUGUUCAUUAUUAAAAAAAUAAGAAUGAUUAUCUUUUAUGUAAAGGAAAAGAAAAAAUAAGGAUCAAAUUGACAAGACAAUAUUCAAUACCGAAGAAAAGGUAUUUUCGACCUUUUAUGAAAAAAAUCAAUUAUCCCCAUUCUAUCGAUAUUAUGGCAUAAAAAGUAUUAUAUUUUUAAAGGAGAAAUAUUAUACCAUUAUAUUCAAUUAUCUAUUAAGAAUAGGUUGCUGUAAUGAUUCGUUUUUAUGAUACUUUUAUAGAAGAUACUUUGAUGUAUAAUCUAGGUAUUAAUUAUGUCAAAAUAUCUUAUUUAAAGUAAGAUUAACAGAAGAGAAAGGUAAAAAUAACAAAAAGUCAGAGAAAAACUUCAAUUUUUAUUUUAUGAAGAAUACUAAACAGAAAAUAACUAGAUUAAACUAAUCUAUUAAUAAUAAAU